CUUUUCUGGAACUUGAGCUAGCUAUAUAACAUUAUAUGCCCUUUUUGUGAGAGAGAGCAAGUGAGCAUGCAUGUUUGACUGGACUAGGUCAGAAAAGUCAGCUGCCAUCUCCCCCUCUCUCUUUCUCUGUGGAGCUCUUUCUCCACAGACAUUCGAUCGAUCGGCCAUAUAUAGUACGGUUUAGUUUAGUUUAUGCACGGUAGGCAGCAGCAAACAAGUACUUUAAUACUGCUAACUGGGUGCUGUUCUUCGUGUUCAUCCAUCGUCGUUGUUUGGCCAAACUCUCUCUCUUAAUUUCUCACAUACAUAUAGAGAGAGGUGCUUGAUUCUGCAGUAGAAUCAGCUAGCUAGUUGUGUGUGUAGAAGAAGCUUGGGGAUCAGGAUCACAUCGAAUUGAAGGGCCAGAGAUAUGAGAGGUUUCGAGAGAAGGGGAGUCCGGCAGUACAACCGGUCGGACGAGCCGCGGAUGCGGUGGACGGAGGAGCUGCACCGGCAGUUCAUCGAGGCCGUCGAAUGCCUCGGCGGCCAGGACGAAGCAACACCCAAGCGAAUUCUUCACCUCAUGGGCGUCAAGGGAAUCAGCAUAUCUCAUAUCAAGAGCCAUCUCCAGAUGUACAGAUCAAGCUCGAGCAAUAACAGCAACAGCAACAGCCCAGCCAAUGCGUUUGCGAAUCGCCGUCAAGAUCAUCGCCACGCUGAUGAUGCGUACUCACGGGAUUGGAACAAGACGGCUGCAACUUCAGACGACAAGAACAGGAGUACUACUCCGUACACCUUUCUUCGCCGCGGCCACCAGCACUCGUCUCCGUGCAGAAUACCGUCGAUAGAAGAAGUUUUCAGGAACUGGGAGCAGAGCAGAGGUCGUGUACCUUGUAGCUCCGGCGUGCUAAUUACAACGACAGAGAAGGCGAUGGGCUGGCCAGUACGUCACGCCGAGAGCAAGAAGCGUCAGAAUCAGAUAAUGGCGGCGGCGGGCUGCGACCUGACGCUGUCGAUCGGCCGGUGGGAAGAAGCGAGCAGCAGCGACGCCGACGGAUCGAGCACGACGACCACCGAGGAGGCCGCCGUGCCGCCGAGGGGCCGUCCGGCGGGGCCUGACCUGAACCUCGACCUCACCAUCUCGUCCUCUUGGCUCACCUGAGUUACUGACCUGAUCAUGAUCGACCAACCAUGACCGGCUACCUAUAGCUAGCUAGCUCAUGCAUUUGUACAUAUAUAUGUAUGUAUAUAUCUGCAUUUAUGUACAUAUAUAUAUAUAUAUACAUGUCGAUCCAUGCAUCGUACUAGAUCAUUGAUGGUAUACGUAUGCAUGUUUUGAGAGACUUCUUGCUGGCCGGCGGACGGUAUGUACAUGUAGGUUCUGGCAUAGUACUCUACCACAUUUCUAGAGGCAUUUUAGCAGUUGUAUAUGUUUAGUUUUCUGCUCUUUUUUGUAAUUAUCUGAUGUGUCUGGUUGGGUUAGAGACCGGACUUCAGACGAAGGCAGGUGAGAAAUUCUGGCUAGCUGCUUUGAUUUUCUCCGGGUGGGUUAAUUGUCUCUCUUCCAGAAUGUUUCACCUUUCAUCGUCUGGGUUGUCCUGUGUUUCUGAUCGAAUCAUGACAUUUGUAUCUAUAUGAAAAAACACGAGUUAGGUUAAGAUGUGUUUUGUCUGCGUUA